AGUUUCACUUUCCAUCCCCCAACUCUUACAACGUUUGACGUUUACCCUAAUUAUUUUUACGAAAUCAGAAUUAGUCUCCUAAACGUUUCAUUAUAAUCGAGAGGCUCUUCGUUCAUCUUCUUCUCUUUCCGUUUCUCGCUUCUCUUUAGAAAAAAAUCGAAUCUUGCAGCAAAAUGAAAUGACCAAAAAAUAACUAAUAGUUUCACUUUCAAUCCCUCAAAUUCUCAAAACGUUUGACGUUUACCCCAAUUACUUUUACGGAAUCAGAAUUAAUCUCCUAAUCAGCUGUCAUUAUAAUGGAGGCGCUUCGUUGCUCUUCUUCUUUCUUCUUCCGUUUCUCGCUUCUCUGGGUUUAAUAAUCUCUUUAUAAAAAAUCGAAUCUUGCAGCAAACUGAAAUGUUCAAAUAAAAAAAGUUAAGGUCUUCCUACUUAUCGGCGAGAGAAAUAAUAGUUUUGGAAGGUUCUGUCUGAAGAUUCUCUAUUCCACAAAGACAUGGAGUGCAACAAGGAUGAAGCUAUAAGGGCAAUGGAUAUAGCCAAAAGGAAAGUUACGGAAACUGACUACACCGGGGCGAGAACAUUUGCUGUCAAGGCUCAGAAUCUGUACCCACAGCUCGACGGUUUGAAGCAAGUGUUGAUGUUGAUCGAUGUGUAUAUCUCAGCAGGAAACAAGAUUAAUGGUGGGGAGCCUGAUUGGUAUGGAGUUCUUGGUGUGGAUCCUUUGGCUGAUGAUGGGGUUGUGAAGAAGCAGUAUAGGAAGCUGGCGCUUUUGCUUCAUCCUGAUAAGAACAAGUGUGAAGGCGCGGAAGGUGCGUUUAAGUUGAUUUUGGAAGCUUGGUCUCUGCUGUCUGAUAAGGUUAAGAGGAUUGCUUUUGAUCAGAAGAGGAGGGUGGUGUUGGUGAAGGAAGUUAAACCGAGAAAGGGUAGGAAGCAGAAACAAGAACCAAAGGAGCCGAAGCAAGCUACAAAGAAGCAGAAGCAGCCAGCGAAGGAGCAGAAGCAACCGGCAAAGAAGCAGAAGCAACCACCAAAGGAGCCGAAGCAGCCCAAACAAGCAGCAAGGCAGCAGAAGCAACCAGCAAAGCAGCAGGAGCAGCCAACAAACCAACACGAGCAACCACCAAAGGAGCAGCAGCAAGCACCGAAGGAGACCAAACAAGAGGCAAAUGAGCAGCAGCAACCACCAAAGCAGCCAAAACAAGAAGCAAAUGGGCAGCAGGAACCACCGAAGGAGCCCAAACAAGAAGCAAACGAGCAGCAGCAACCACCAAAGCAGCCAAAGCAAGAAGCAAAUGAGGAGCAUCAACCACCAAAGCAGCAGCCCAAACAGGAAGCAAACGAGCAGCAGCAACCACCAAUGCAGCCCAAACAAGAGGCAAAUGAGCAGCAGCAACCACCGAAGCAGCCCAAACAAGAGGCAAAUGAGAAGCAUCAACCACCAAAGCAGCCCAAACAACGACCAAACCAGCAGAAACAACAACCGAGCCCACAGAAACAACAACCACGACAGCCAAGUUCUAAGCCAUCUCGAAACGGCAGAGGUAGAAGCAACACGCCCACAUCAAAAGUCAGUACCUUUUGGACAAUGUGCAACAUAUGCGAGACACAACACGAGUAUAUAAGGGUUUUUUUUGUUAACAAGCACGUGAAGUGUCGAAGUUGCCUUGGGUCUUUUAAGGCAACUGAGAUAGAGAAAUCCCAGCAAGCAACAGAAGAAAGAGUAGUGGUUGAGGAGUCAGAAGAAGCUGCUAGAGGGAUUGCAAACUCUGAUUUCAAAGUAGAAGAGCGGGCUCGUAAGAAGCUGAAGACAGAUGGGUCCUGCAGAGUCAAGUAGUGGUGAAUCAAGGAGUGAUAAUUAGAACUGUGAAACAAUGAAAUGGCUUUUAGGGACUCCUCAGUGAUCAUAUCUCUUUUUGUGUCUUAUGGCUAUUAUAUAUAAAUGCUUUGCAUCUAAACUAGGAAAAGUACACUGUAACAAGGGGAAGUUCUUCUUCUAACAUCUUCAAUGUGAAAUGUCCAAACUUUUUUAUUUAGUUUAUUAAAAAUCUGUGCUUUGCUUUGUA